UAGCUUGGCACGGCCGGAUGACGUCACGACCAGCCAGACCUCCACAGCCAGCCGUCAUGGCGGACCUGUGCAAGCUCGUGUGGAGACUCGGCGUCUUUCUCGCCGUCUGGUGCAGCUUGAUCGGCCUGCUGUCAGCCGUCGGAGCCGCAGCCGAGGAAACAAUGACCACCACGGAAGGACGCAGUAUCAAGUGCUACUGUUCCAAGCACUGCCCCGAGAACCAGGAGAACGGCACAUGCAUCACAAAACCGAAUGGUCGCUGCUUCAUGCAGGUUGAGUCGGACCUUGCUGGGGGUGAGAUCGUGUCCCACGGCUGUAUCGGGCCGGAGGGGACUCUGCUUCAGUGUAAGGCCCAGGUCCACAGCAUCCCCCGCUCCAUCCAGUGCUGCAUGGACAGCGACAUGUGCAACCUGCAGCUCAACGCAACCCUCCCUCCUUCCGCCAACGAUACACCAGGUCUUCCACCAAAUGCUUACUACGACCCCAGCAUUCACCACAUCACACUGGUGAUCAGUGUGACUGUGUGCACCACUGUGCUGAUGCUCACCAUAGCGUUUGUCUACUUCAGAUACAAGAAGCGUGAGCUCGGCACGCGGUACGACAUGGAAGUCGGAGACCAUGACGAAACCUUCAUCCCACCAGGCGACACAUUGAAGGAUUUGAUAGAGCAGUCGCAGAGCUCUGGCAGUGGCUCUGGUCUUCCCCUCCUGGUCCAGCGCACCAUAGCCAAGCAGAUCCAGAUGCUCCACAGUAUUGGGAAGGGGCGUUACGGGGAGGUGUGGAAGGGGAAGUGGAGAGGCGAGUACGUGGCCAUCAAAGUCUUCUUCACCACAGAGGAGGCGUCAUGGUUCCGUGAGACAGAGAUCUACCAGACUGUUCUCAUGAGGCACGAGAACAUUCUAGGUUUUAUUGCAGCUGAUAUCAAAGGUACAGGCUCAUGGACCCAGCUGUAUCUUAUCACCGACUACCACGAGAACGGAUCUCUCUACGACUACUUGAGGGGAAACACGUUAGAUCGAGCAGGCCUUCUCCGGCUGGCGUACUCGGCGGCGUGCGGCCUCUCGCAUCUACACACCGAAAUCUUCGGCACGCAGGGCAAACCUGCCAUCGCCCACCGGGACAUCAAGUCCAAAAACAUCCUUGUGAAGAAAAAUGGCGCAUGCUGUAUCGCCGAUAUGGGUCUGGCUGUCAGAUUUAUCAGAUAUGGUGACCACUCUAACCCGGACGCUGACCCCUCCCUGCUCUCUGGCCACUCCGGCUGGAGUAUUCGGACCCCCGGCAUGAGUGGGGUGGAGGAGUAUUGGAGCGAAACAAAUGAAGUCGAUAUCGCACCAAACACGAGAGUGGGAACGAAACGUUACAUGGCCCCCGAGGUCCUCGAAGAGACCAUGAACAAAAACAGCUUUGACGCGUACAAGAUGGCUGACAUCUACUCCUUUGGCCUGGUGCUGUGGGAGAUCGCCAGGAGGUGCAUUGUGGGAGGGAUAGUUGAAGAGUACCAGUUGCCGUACUACGACUGUGCGCCUCACGAUCCAUCAUACGAGGACAUGAGGAGAAUCGUGUGUAUAGAGAGGCAACGACCGUCCAUACCCAACAGGUGGCACACUGACGAGGUGCUGCGUCCAAUGGCCAAGCUGAUGAGCGAAUGUUGGGCGCACAACCCCAACGCGCGUCUCACUGCCCUCCGCGUCAAGAAAACAAUUAGCAAGAUGAUGGUGGAGGCUCAAAUCAAGGCAUAGUUGUCAUGCCCUUUGACCGUGUCAGGAAUGAGGUCAAGGGUUGCUACCUUUGACCUCUGUAUAGGCUUUGUACUGAGUAUUUAUUCACAGUUUGUAUAGACAUUGAAGACAGUUGGAGAGAGAACUGUAGUCAGAACUUGCCCAUUUUAUAUGUAGUUAAGGUUAGAUUCAACGCUGUCACAGAUACUGUAAAAUCUGAAUCUGUACAGAGCCAAACUGAUCUUGAAGGCAAGAUGUGAAUAUGUAGAAAGAAUUGCCUUUCUUGGAUCGGCCUGUUAGUGUUAUAUUCUCUGCCAUAUGCACCACUGGUAGAAGCUGGUGUACUGAUUAGAGUACACUUGUGAAAAUCGUUGUAACCACUAUGAUUUUAUAAAGGGCAUCCCACUGAAAAAAUUAUUUUUUAAGUGCAUGAAAAAGAUGCAGUCAUGCACAGUUUGGAUGGUUAGAAUCCUCUGCAUGCAAACCAAACCCACUGAAGUAAAGUAUGAAUGAAAAUUCCGUGACCUCCAGGGAACCCACUACAAUUCCCUAACCCCACCAUGGGAUAUUUAAGAACAUGUUGCAGUCAUUGUCAAUGGCUCCCUGACAGAAAAAAAGGCAGAUUCAAAGGAAUGUCAAACCCACUGAAAUGUUCAGAAGUUUCCUCAACUGGAGCCUUUAGAGCAUAAAAUCAUUUAGUGUAAUUUUUGAAACCUAAAAUGUACCAGCCAACAACCCACUUGUAUUGUUGUAAUGGCAACCCACUGAAACGUGCCCAAUUGAAAUUUUAAAAACAAAACUUGAAAAAAAUGAGAAUUUUUGGUUAGGAAUUUAACUUGCCUUGCCUUGGCUUAGCCUGACCUAUCCUAAACCCAAACAUAAGUUGUAUGGCCUGGGCAGCAUCAUCACCAUUUGGUAUGUAUUGUAUAUAAUCUAUCAUGUCAUGAAGGAACAUUAAUCAUGGCUUAAGAUGGUCUUGUAGAAACAACUAGAGGUUGACCAACACAUUUCCUUUAUUACUAUGUACCAUAAGUUGAACCAGAAUGGUGUGUCACAGUAACGACAUAUACGGUCUAUAGUUAAAAACAGCAGAACAGAUACUUCUCAGUCUAGUAGUGAUAAGCAGUUGUGGGAUGCUGGCAUCCCAUCACCUUACUCUCACAACAGUACAGCCCCUCUUCCCCGUACCAACACACAUACACUAGAAUCUCCUGUAAGGUUAUCCCUGUAAAACUAACUCACGGGACAUUGUGAUUUGUGCAACUUAAUCAUCAAUUGGAGCUCAGUGCAGCCCAAGUUGAUGAGCCAUGAUUUUAAAACACAGUGUGACGGAGAACACAACAUUUUAUGUUACAUUUUCACAGCACGGAAAUGAUGACUUUUAGCAGCUUUACAUAUCAACUUUUGUAAAGAGAUUAAUUUCUUGGUAUUGACGGUAGGAGAAAUAGGAAGAUUUGGUCACUUUUUGCAUACCCAUCCUUGUCUGCUAAAAAGAUUUCUAUCAACUAUCUUUUUGUGAAAGACUACUUAAGGGUAAAAUCUUCUAGAAGACAUACCUUGAAGAGUAAGACCACAUUUUUUGAAAGGAAGACACUCCAAUGCUGAGUUACAGAAUUACUACAGGCAAUCAUUGGUAUGUAAACAGUGAUAAAAGAGGGAGAGACAAAUGCUGUACUGGACAAAUCUGUGCCAUCAACAUGAUUUAGACUUUUAAAUUAUUAUCAGUAUAUCUAUAGAUAAUAAUGUAUUCAUGUCGAUUAAAAGAGGAGUCUUGAUUUUGAAAUUACACUGAUAUUUCUAGUGGCAAUUGGUCCAAUAACUUAAGAAAAUGACCACUGAGAAAUGAUUUCACGCUGUCAAUAAUGUUGGUGGUGUUUAAAUAUCACUGAAAAGGUCAUGAUCGCAGUUUGGUGAAGCAAGGUAUGGUACAUCGAUGACUGGUAAAAUGACGAGGUAUGGUAUGGACAAGCCAAUUAAAACAAACAACCAUCUGCAAUCAACAUAACCCCAUACCAGCUGUAUGGUUCCCUUGGUUGUGGAUGGUUAGCUGGCAAAAUGGUUUGUACUUUGUAGUAUUUAGUGACGGUGAGAAAUCAUUACAAAAGAAUUCUUAUUGAAAUUACUGUAUUGUAAUCAUGGCUGUGAAUGGUAGAUUUGGUCUUAAAUGAUACAUAAAGGUAUCAGGAAGAUGUCUCCUGAAUGAGGAUUAGGUAAAAAAAAGUAAGAAAACUGUUAUAAGGAGUAUUUGGUAGAGAUGAAAGUUUUUAUGAUGUAUUCUCUAUAGCUGAAUCUUGAUAGAGAUAGACAUUCUCCCAACUGUAAAUAUAUCCACAAGCCACAAGUUUGUAAACAGCUUUUGUAUAUGUUUGUUACUUGACAUUGUUGGUUAAAUAUGGUUUACCAUUAUCAUUACUAACCAAGUUUGUAAACAAUUAACAGUUGAUGUUGUGCUGUUUUCUUCUGCUGUAUGUUACAGAUGUGAUAUCAAAAUGUUAUAGUGAUAACCACCUUAUCUGCAAACUGGUCAGAUUGGGUGAAUGUUGACCUGUUGAGAGGUCAUCAGGGGGACUGGUAUGCGAGUACAUGAUAACUUGUUUAUCAGUUACGAUUUGUUCCUAUUUAUCACAUACUUAAGGUACACAUUAUGUAGAGAAUGUUUUAUCACUAGAUUUCAAACUUACAGCAUCAGAGGAUGUGAAAGGGGGGUUGCUUUUGAGAAUUUUUGAUUUAAAAAAAAUCCUUUCCCCAAUGUGGCAUUUAAAAAUAAAGAUUUCUGUAGCCAUUGUUAUAUUUUUAAAAAAAAGAGGGGGGGAACAAAAUGUGGUUUCCUGAAAGUUUGAUAGAAAGGAUGAUUAUGUAUCACCUUUCAUAGCCUCUGAAACACUUCCCAGUACCCUGGAUGGUAACAUGCGAUUGCCAUUCUGUGAUAUUACUUCCUAACCUGAUAACUGGAUGUCAUGUUGUAAAGCCAAACACAAGAAAAUGUCUCCUGUAGUGUAUAAGGUCAAAUGUCCAUUGGUAAAAGUAAUGUGCUUGAUCCAGGUGUUGGGAAGAAAUAUUAUUGGAUUAAUGUGGGGGACUUGAAGUAAGAAAUGUUUUUCGUUCGGCCCCUUGUAUAGCCAUUUCAGUGAUGCAUUGCCACACUGUCUUAUUGAAAUAGUUGUGAGAUAUUAAAGUUUUAUCAUGCUUCCAUUUUCAAA